CCUAAUCCGGAUGUGGGAGCGCAACGCUUCCGGUUUGGGCAGUGAGGUUCCCUGGUCAAAGAUGGCGGCCCCCGUGUGCGUUCAGCUGGAGUUCGGAGGUGGAGCAGAACUUUUGUUUGAUGGCGUAAAGAAGCACCAAGUGAGCUUGCCCAGCCAGCCUGAACCUUGGGACGUUCGAAGCCUCCUUGUCUGGAUCAAAGACAACCUGUUGAAAGAGAGACCAGAAUUAUUCAUGCAAGGAGACUCCGUGAGGCCGGGUAUCUUGGUGCUCAUCAACGAGGCAGACUGGGAGUUGAUGGGGGAGCUCGACUAUCAACUCCAAGACCAGGAUAACGUGGUUUUCAUCUCUACCUUACAUGGUGGCUAGGCCUCUGGAAAAAGGACUUCAUUCCUGGCCACAGAAUAUUUUCGUCUCCUUCCCGCUCGCUGCCUGUGUUCAAGAUGUGGUCAGACCCUUUUCAGAUGCCUUCUUAAUCAGUCCUGCCCAAAGGAAAUGCUCGGCCUCCCCUCCUCUGAUUCUGCUCCUGGCUCUUUUGUCUGGGGCCGAGAUCGGAACGGCCUCUGCAUGAGGUUGCUGCUUUCCUUGCGUGGUACGGGAGACUCGCACCACGGAACAAAUGACUUUUAAUGAUCUGCGAGGAGCACCAAAAGGCUAGGCUCCAGGGUACACUCCGGUCGAGCUUACUGCUGCUAUCGCUCAGUCUGUCUCUCCUCCUUGGCAGUGGGAGAGGCGGUCCUGGAUUCUGUUCGAAGCGGCUGUGGAUAUCCUUUCCCACCUCAUCUGAGGUCCGUGAGGCCGUUCUGCAGCCAUUACAGGAAGAACAUCUGUUGUCGGUCUUCUCUGCAACAGCCGAUCCACGUUGGAUAUAUCAUGGGCAGGAAUGUGGCUGAACGAACAAAGCAGUUGGCUUAGAGCACAGGUGUCAAACUUGCAGCCCUCCAGAUGUUAUGGACUACAGUUCCCAUCAUCCCCUGCCAGCAUGCUGGCAGGGGAUGAUGGGAACUGUAGUCCAUAACAUCUGGAGGGCCGCAAGUUUGACACCUAUGGCUUAGAGCUUUGAAAUCAUGAAUUUGUGGACCACGGAGAACUUUCUCACCUGCAUUUUUACCAACUAAAUGUGUUGCUGAGCCCUGUUUUCCCCCCCUACUGCUGUUUCCUGUUUUGAUCCUUGGCCACAGAAACCAGCCUUCUUUGUGCAGAAUGUUUUGUAGAACCAGAGGCUAAAGACUUCAGGAAUCAGAUCCCCUGUGACACGGAGAGCAGAAGACGGCCUUAGGACAUCUGGAUUUGACUUCUGCCUUCGCGGCAAAUUUAACUGCGCCGCUUGCUCCCCAUUUGUACGAUGGGAUUUGUAAUGGCCUACUUUGCAGGGUGGUUAUGGAGAUCUACAAUAAAGAGCGAACGGUUGUUUGGAAGCGCCUUAUCCACA